UGUACUUCAGUGUGUUCUAAAGUAGGGUUGUGGGCUUAAACAGUCAAUAAAAUGCUGCUAUUUGUAGGUUGAUGUUUAGUGCACCGGUUAAUAUACUAACUAAAAACUGCGGGUAUCGUCAUAAAUACUCAUUCUAUUCACAGUGAAGGGAUCAUAAUAAUAGUGAAUACAUAGCUUUUAAAAAAAGAGAGCAGUUCACAAUAUCUAUUGCAAAAUGACAACUUCUGUAGGUUCAGUUCAUAACAGUUCAGAUUUAGUGAACGACUAUGUUUGUGACGCCUGUGAAGGUAAAAAAAUUGUAGAAUGUGCCAAUUAUUUUUGUGCACAGUGUCAGAAGUUGUUCUGCGGAAAAUGCAUUUAUCAACAUGAUCAAUUAUAUGUAAACCAUGACAAAUAUGGAAGAGGAGAAACAAAUAAAUGGCCUCUUACAAAGACUAUGGAGGACGUGUUACUGAAAUGUGAUCUCCACAAGGAGAAGAAACUGAAAACUUUCUGUGAGGACCACAGUCAGCUAUGUUGCAGUGAUUGUGUUUUCCUGAAUCACAGACAGUGCACGAAUGUGACCCUAAUCUCUGAGACAGUAAAAAAGAUGUCAUAUGAUAUGGGACAGUUGUCAAUCAAUUUUCAAACUAUUCUUGAUGAAUUAAAUACAUUUAAGAGAAUACAAGAGGCCAGCAUUCAGACUGUGGAGGUAUCGUAUAGUGAACAAUUGCAAGAAAUACGAAAUACAAGGGAGAAAUUAAAUGCUGCUUUGGAUGUGCUAGAAAAGGCAACCUUGAAAGAACUGGAUGAAAUGAGGACCACAUUGCAAACCUCACUCAAGAAUGAUGUUGACAACUGUAGAAAAAUGACAGAUAAACUGAAAAAAAUCAUUGAAGCUGCAACAGUUACUGUCCUUUGUGAUAAGAGCAGGAAAGAAAUGGAGUUUAUAGCCAGCAGAAAAUGUCUGGACAGAAUACAAGAGUCUGAGUCAUAUCUGAGGAAGAACCCUGUGAAGUUGCAGGGUUCAAUAUUAUUCAAGGCAAACAUUGAUAUUGAGAAGUACCUGUCUCAACAGGCAAGUUUAGGAAAGAUUGUAUACGGUAUGCAGUCUUUCUUUCUCAGGAUGAAUCCAGACUAUGUGAUGACUGUGAAGAGUAAAUGUGAGUACUUGGUGAGAAUACCGAGUGACGGCAAUCAGACUAACAGCAUCAGUGGCGUUUGAUGUCUGCCUAGAGGCCAAGUCAUUGUUACAGAUGAAAUAAAUAGAAAAGUAAAGCUGUUGGACCAGCAUUACAAUGUGUGCAGUCACUGUGAUGUGUCUAGUAAUCCAAGCGGCAUUUGCCAAAUCACAUAAAAUGAGGUUGCUGUAUCUCUUUAUUCAGCAGUGCAGUUUAUCUCUGAGAGCAAUGGGAAGCUGGUAAAAGGGAGGAAGUUAGAGUUACCGCAUGAUGCAAGUUGUAUACCCCACCAUCAGGGGGAGUUGUACAUCACGGAUUGUACUGCCCUGUACCAAUACAAUUUGACUGGAUCACUUCUGAAAACGCUGUACAAGGAUGACAAUUUCACAGUGUGGAGAUGUGCAGUGAGUCCUGCUGGGGACAGGAUCUAUGUCACCAGCUACUCCAAGUGGGGUUCACGGUUUCAUACCGACCACAGGCUCCUCACUCUGUCUACAGAUGGCACCCUGAUAUCUACCUUUAGGGACCCUGAACUUCAACGCCCAUAUGGCGUACAUGUCACACCUUCAGGACAAGUGCUAGUCUGUGGAUACAGCUCCCACAAAAUCAUACAGGUGGAUCGUGAAGGAAGAAAAAAACUGGCAACUCUUGUACCACAGAAAAAAUAUAGUGAGGUACCCUAUGUCUGUCUGCUACAACAACAACGUUCACCAGAUCAUUGUGGGACUAGAUAAUUACAAUAUAAUCAAUGUCAUGCAUUUGCAAUAUUGCCACACAAAAUACAAUUGAUAUAAGCAGGUUACAAAUGUUAUUUCCUUUUUAGCUCACCUGAGCACAAUGUGCUCAUGGUGAGCUUUUGUGAUCGCCUUUUGUCCGUCGUCCGUUGUGCGGCGUCAACAUUUGCCUUGUUGACACUUAAGAGGUCACAUUUAUUGUCCAAUCUUAAUGAAAUUUGGACAGAAGAUUGGUCGCAAUAAUAUAAUGGAUGAGUUCGAAAAUGGUCACGUUUGCUUGAAAAACAUGGCUGCCAAGGGGCGUGGCAUUUUUCCAUAUAUGGCUAUAGUAAAAUCUUGUUAACACUCUAGAGGCCACAUUUAUUGUCCGAUCUUAAUGAAACCUGGUCAGAAGAUUCAUCCCAAUAAUAUGUUAGACGAGUUCGAAAAUGGUUGUGUUUGCUUGAAAAACAUAGCUGCCAAGGGGCGGGACAUUUUUCCUUAUAUGGCUAUAGUAAAAUCUUGUUAACGCUAUAAGGACCACAUUGAUUAUCCGAUCAUCAUUAAACUUGGUCAGAAGAUUCAUCCCAACAAUAUAUUGGACGAGUUCAAAAAUGAUGCCGGUUGGUUGAAAAACAUGGCCACCAGGGGGUGGGUCAUUUUUCCUUAUAUGGCUAUAGUAAGUCCUUGUUGACACUCUAGAGGCCAAAUUUACUUUCCAAUCUUCAUGAAACUUGGUCAGAAGAUUUGUCCCAAUGAUAUCUUGGAUGAGAUCCAAUAUGGUUUUGGUUGCUUCAAAAACAUGGCCACUGUUACAGUUAGAUAAACAAGCAAUAAACGAAGACACCUUUAUUUGACAAGCACAUGUUGUAAACACCAUUUUAUACACCAAAGCUAACUUCUCCAGUUAGAGAGUAGCAAACAUAUUCAAGAGAGAUAACCCAAGUAAACUAACCAUACUAUUCUAGUAUGGCUUUAACUUCCCUUGGAGUGGUAAUAUUAACAGCCACCAGGGGGCGGGGCAUUUUUCCUUAUAUUGCUAUACGGCUUAAGUAAAACAUUGUUAACACUGUAGAGGCCACAUUUAUUGUCCAAUCUUCAUGAAAUUUGGUCAGAAAAUUGGUGUCAAUGAUAUCUUAUAGGAGUUAGAAAAUGGUUAUGUUUGCUUGAAAAACAUGACUGCCAUGCGGCGGGGCAUUUUUCCUUUUAUGGCUAUAUAUGGCUAUAUUAAAUCUUGUUAACACUCUAGAGGCCACAUUUAUUGUCCGAUCUGCAUGAAACUUGGUCAGAAGAUUCAUCCCAAUAAUAUCUUGGUGGAUUUAAAAAAUGAUGCCUGUUGGUUGAAAAACAUGGCUGCCAGGGGGCGGGGCAUUUUUCCUUAUAUGGCUAUAGUAAAACCUUGUUAACACUCUUGAGUCCACAUUUAUUUUCCGAUCUUCAUGAAACUUGGUCAGAAGAUUUGUCCCAAUGAUAUCUUGGAUGAGUUCGAAAAUGGUUUCUGUUGUUUUAAAGACAUGGCCACCAGGAGGCGGGGCAUUUUUCCUAAUAUGGCUAUAUAUUGCUUUAGUAAAACCUUAUUAACACUCUAGAGGCCACAUUUAUUGUCCGAUCAUCAUGAAACUUGGUCAGACGAUUUGUCCUAAUGAUAUCUUGGAUGAGUUGGAAAAUGGUUCUGGUUGGUGGAAAAACAUGGCCGCCAAGGGGCGUGGCAUUUUUCCUUAUACAUGUAUAGCUAUAGUAAAACCUUGUUAACACUCUAGAAGCCAUACUUAUUGUCCGAUCAUCAUGAAACAUUGUCAGAAGAUUUGUCCCAACGAUAUCUUGGACAAGUUGAAAAUGGCUCCAGUUGCUUGAAAAAGUUGGCCACCAGGGGGCUGGGCAUUUUCCUUAUAUAGCUUCAUGAAUCUUCAUGAAACUUUGUUAGAAUAUUUGUUUAGAUGAUAUCUUGGAUGUGUAUGAAAAUGGUUCUGGUCUGUAGAAAAACUUGGCUGCCAGGGUGUUCACUAGUGAUGAAAGUUGGUAAGAACAUUUUGUUCUUAUGACAUCUUGGGUUGCACAGAACAGCCGAGUUCCUUUGAAUCUCAGGUGAGUGACUUUGGGCCUUUCAGGCCUGCUUGUUUAAUGAUACCUUUAACCAAUGAAGUUAAGGGAAAAAUAAAUGGUACCUUAGACUGAAGUUAACUGCAAAAUAAAAACAUUCAUACAGCUGUCAUUUUGUAAACAAUCCUUAUUUUAUAUUUCAGAAUUGAUAAUUCUUUGAAGAUUACAGCAUUUAAAACAAGGUUUUGGCAAACAAUAAAAGAAUAUAUUCAUUUGUCAUUGCCAACCUUACCUUUGAAAUAGUUCCAACUCAAAAUAUAUUUUAGACAAAAAUAAAAUAGUUUAAUAAAAUGUUUUUUUCAUAUUAAUCUUUAAUUUGUCAUUGACCUUUUAGUUAUUUAAUUAAAUGUUUCCACUAGAAACCUGCUUAUAAUUGUUCGUAUUGAACAGAACAAAUAUUUUAUUCACUAGCUCAUCAUGAUUCAUAUUACAGACAGACAGACAGACAGACAGACAGACAGACAGACAGACAGACAGACAUAGUUUAUUCAGACUUAUACAAUAGUACAUCGUCUUAAUACUAAAAAUACACAUCAUAUUCUGUCACGUGAAUGCGAAUAAUAACAUAACAUUAUAUAACAUAAAAUCAAUACAAAUAAACAUAAUAUAUGGUAAGAACACAUAAGUUCUAACGAGGGGUGUUGAAAUCUAUUCAACAGUAUUGUUUAGGAUUGUAUUUCUUACAACUAGAGCUUCUUUUAUAUAUUUGCAUACAUUGGAAAUAACUAAUAUAUCACAAGAAACUAAUAAUUUGUGAAAUUUAUACACAGAUGGAUUAAUAUAAUAUGUAUUACUUAAAUAUAUACUUUCUUAUAUACUUAUAUAUUACUUAUAAUACAAGACAUUCAUACAUGCAUGAAAAAAUGAGUAGUUAAGAUUAUAAUACUGUAUGUGUGAGAGUGUUAUGUGUUCAUAUCAACAAUAAAUUGAGUACCGAUAUAUGAACCACAUGUUAACAAAAAUAAACAGGCAUACAAAACUGAGUACAUUCAUUUCAUAAUAAACUGUACAUGUUAAAAGAAUCAGCAUAAACAGAAAAAACUGUGUAAAUUCGUUUAAUAACAAGAUAAAAAAUGUAAAUGUCCACCAGUUAUUUUAGGUUUUGCCUAGGACGUAGCUUGAAAGUAUAACAUUUCAAAUCACACAAAAUUUAAGGUUCUUUUUUAUAUGCCAUACAAUAGUUUCACACUCAACCCAAAAGAAGUUUCGGUUGAAGUGAUGAACGAUUGCUUAAUUGUUACAUGUUGUUGAAGUAAAUGUUUUUAAAGAUUGUAUCUCUAAUAAACAAAUUCUUCUUAGGUUAGAACCAUCCUUGAGCAGAUAGUUGUUGUGUUGUUUGUUUUAUGAAUUUGCAUUAAUUUAUAUGGGAACGGCUUGCAAUACGCCAAUCAGCCAACUCAUAUUAUUUUGUGGUGAUGAUUCUUUAUUGUGAAAUAUUAACAGAAGUAUAUCCAGAGAUUGGCAAGGGUAAAAACUCAA